AUGGACGCUGCCUCAACUCCGACCGCCCGCAUCAACAAGUUCCACGGGACCAACUUCCACACAUGGAAGUUCAAGAUGCAGAUGGUCCUGGAAGAGCGCGACCUGUGGGAGGUCACAUGUGGAGAAGUCAAGCUGGAGCACUGCACCAACGUGAUGGAUCAAUCGACGUUCAAGAGAAAGUCAUGCAAGGCGCUGACGAUCAUCUGUCUCGCGAUGGAAGAUUCGCAGCUGCCGCUGGUCCGUUCAGCGAUUGGAGCGUACGAUGCAUGGUCAAGACUGGAAGGGCAUUACGAGAAGAAGGAUCUGGCGAACAAGCUCUUUCUUCGUCGACGCUUCUUCACAACGAUGAUGGAUGAAGGUGAUGAUGUGCUGGAGCACAUCAACAAGCUCAAGACUCUGGCGGAGCAGCUCGAUGCGGUUGGCGCUCGGGUCAGCGAGGACGACUUGGUGAUCAUGCUUCUUGGUAGUCUAAGCGAGUCGUACCAGUUUCCGAUCGCGGCGUUAGAGUCUCACAUGAAGCGCGAGGAACAAGGUGGCGGCGUCGACGCAUCCGCGCACGGUCAAGGUCAAGCGUUCAUGACAAGCAAUCACAGCAAGCGAAAAGGAGGACUGCCUGUGCGGAAGGCCAGUGCAUGUCACUACUGUGGCGAGCAAGGACAUUGGAUUGCCAAGUGUCCAGUGAGGAUCUGCGAGAAUGCGGAACGGCAGAGGUCGCAAAGAGCAAGCGUCGCGCAGGUUGAAGAAGGCUCUGGCGACUUUCUGUUUUCAGUUGAUAAAGAUAAAAUCAAGCUGUGUGAAGAGUGGCUGGUCGACUCAGUGGGAAAGGGAAACAUCAUCAUGUCAAUGAGGACAAAACACGGCGUCAAGAAAGGUGUACUUACUGGUGUGUGGCACAUUCCCAAGUUGACGCGCAACCUGUUCUCAGUGAGGCGUUUUACGAAGCACAUUGGCCCCGUCACAUUUGAAAGUGACGGGUGCUUUGCUCAGUCGAAGAGUGUGAAGUGGCAGCUGGGUACGCGCAAGAGAAAGGGCUUAUUCAAGUUAUGCAUGACCCCGCUCAUGCCAGAUGAGGCAAAUGUGUCAAGUUCAACCGGUUUCAAUGGGACCAACCGGUCGUACCUCUGGCAUCUUUGA